AUGAAUGGCCAAUUAAAUUUGAAUGCUGAAAAUUCUGACGAUUCUUUGAAACCUCUGAUAGUUUUAUUGCAAAAAGCAUUGAACAAAACUGAAACGCCGCUAAAACAAAAUUUGCUUCGUGAGAUAGCUCAAAGCUCCUGUAAGGAACAGUUUUCAAUGGUAUUUUGGAGUGUCGUAUCAAACGCUAAACUUGAUAAAAGUGAUGUCGCUUCCUGGAAGUUUUGUCAUUUGUUUCAUAAGCUAAUUCGUGAUAGUUCUGGAAAAGUUGUAGAAGAAACGAAAGAUAAAGUAGCGUAUGUAUCUCAGCUUGGAAAAUACUGGCAAGAACAAAAUUCUUCGUCUUACCAUCUGCCAAUUUCUGUAUACUGCCAACUUCUCUAUAGUCGUAUCUGCUUUUUAGAGCAUAAUCCAGUAUUUCCUGGCAAUCUUCAUUUGUCUGACGAGCAACUGAACGUUUUGAACAGCGAUGAUUUAGACCAGUUAUUUGAGACUUGCAUGGAGCUCCUAGACCAGAUAGACAAUCUCUUGCACUUGCAGUCUACCGUUUUUGACGCUGUGGAAGAGCCGCUAGAUUGGAAGUCGCAAACUGCUCAGGGUCAGUGCUUGCUUGCACCACUUGCUGUUGUCGUCAUUGAUGUCAGUAUAUUCUACCGCUACUUGCUACAACUUAUGUUCAAACUCUACAAAGGAAUUGCUGCUGACGCUUUCAAAGGCCUUCGUAAUAGGUUUUCUCAAGUUUGUAAUGAAAUGAAGAAGUUUUUCGCAAAAGCGUCGAAUCUGCUCUAUCUUCAGGGUUUAGUAAAAGUUCCUGCUCUGCCGAAACGAGAGCCUAAUUUUGCUGUGGAUGCAGAUUUUAAGCUGUGCCAGAUUAAUGAAGCUGCAGAAACCUUAGGCGACGAAAAUGAAAGUUUAGCCGCGAGGAAGACGUUUUGCAGUGAUGACUCAGGCGUUCAAAAGCACUUAAUUACCUUUGAAAAUAAGACACCUAUGACAUAUCACGGUUUUUCAAGCAGGCAACGAUCUGGAGAACAGUUUGAGAACGACACGUUACGAAGAGAGCUUGAAGAGGCACGACAGCAACAAGAGAGACUUAGGAAUCAGGCUGCCGAAGAGAUUCAACAGUGCCAAGAAGAACUGCAGAAAACAAAGGAAGAGAAUAAUUUGCACAAGCAGAAUUUAGAGGAAUUAAAGAGAUUGAACGGUAAUCUGCGCGCAGAAAAUGUUUUAAGCAAAAAAAAGGCUGCGGAAGAAAAGAAGGUGUUAGAAGAAGAGAAAAGACAGGCUGAUUUAAAUGUCGCCAAAAUGGAGCAUCGCGUCAGACAGUUAGAGGAGAACUACGGAAAAAAUUUAGUGGAAUGGAAGGACAGACAAAGGGAAUAUGAGAGAUCUGAACGUGAAGCGUCACAGAAAAUGCAAGAAUUAGAAUUUCAGCUUGGCGAGUGCACA